AUGCGCUCUGCGCUUAUCACGAAUAUCCUCGAGACGGUAGAGAACGAGGUGCGCCAGCGUCUGCGCAAUGCGGCUGCGUUGGCGUCGCCGGGUCCCUCCUCUGCCGUUGCCCCGCCCACCUCGCUCUCUCUCCUCACCCCGGAGGACUGGAGUGCUGUGCGCCGCUCGCUGAGGGAAGACGCCACUCCCCCACCCAUCGCUGCCGGCGCAACGGGUGAGGUGGAGAGUGCAUCAGCAAGCCUCCAACCGACGACAGCAAAUGAGCUGCUGCAGUACGUGCAGAUGCGGUGCGCAGAGCUGCCCAUGCGUCUGCAGAUCGAAGCACUGCUGAUACGCCGCUACGAGCACCUCCUGCGUCAGCACACGCGCGAGCUUGCCACCCUCAGCGAGCACAUGACACUGAUCAGUCGCACCCCACCCACGUUAGCGCCGGCACCGCGAGGCUUUUCAGAGCCGGCGCUGAAUCUCGCGCAGCUGCCAGUCGACCUGCGCGCACUGCUGGCGGAGGAGGAGAUGGGGCCGCGUCUCGACCGUUGCAAAGCUCGCAUCUGCGAGCUGGAGGCGAUGGCCCGGCAGGAUUCAGAGGCCAAGGUGCGAUGCUGUCAACGCAUGGUGCUCCUCAGCGAGUUUGUGCGAGCGUUGGUGCGGCACGCUACGGCCCACAUGCUGAAGUGCAAGGAGGAGCCGAAGAACGACGCCGCAGUGGUGACGAAGCGGCCUCGUACGGAGCAACACGUGUGA